AUGGCGCUGGCCAGCGUGGUUGUAGCCUUUUUAACAAGCCGAUUUAUUUUGCACAUUCCAAGUGAAGAGAGAGACAACGCAAUCAGAGUGUGUUUUCAGAUUGAACUUGCCCAUUGGUUUUAUUUGGAUUUCUACAUGCAAAACACACCAGGAUUACCUCAGUGUGGGAUAAGAGACUUUGCUAAAGCUGUCUUCAGUCACUGCCCUUUUUUACUGCCUCAAGGUGAAGAUGUACAAAAGGUUUUAGAUGAGUGGAAAGAAUACAAAAUGGGAGUGCCAACCUAUGGUGCAAUUAUUCUUGAUGAGACACUUGAAAAUGUUCUUUUGGUUCAGGGCUAUUUAGCAAAAUCUGGUUGGGGAUUUCCAAAAGGGAAAGUAAAUAAAGAAGAGGCACCUCAUGACUGUGCUGCUAGAGAGGUGCUUGAAGAAACUGGGUUUGACAUAAAAGAUUAUAUCUGCAAAGAGGACUACAUUGAGCUGCGAAUUAAUGAUCAGUUAGCACGGCUGUACAUCAUUCCAGGAGUUCCCAAGAACACAAAGUUCAACCCCAAAACUAGAAGGGAAAUUCGGAAUAUUGAGUGGUUUUCCAUCGACAAAUUACCAUGCCACAGAAAUGACAUGACCCCAAAGUCCAAGCUGGGUUUGGCACCUAACAAAUUUUUUAUGGCAAUUCCCUUCAUCAGGCCAUUGAGGGAAUGGAUUUCCCGAAGGAAUGGAGACUCCUCAGACAGUGACAAUGGUUUUUCAUCUACAGGGAGCACACCCUCUAAGCCCAAUUCGGAAAAACCUAGAUCCAAGCUUCGCUGUAGUCAACAGAUAUUUACAGAUGGCUUUUCAGGAGAGCAGCUGGUGAAGCCAAAACAGCCACAGAAGCCAUGUAAUCAUCCUGAGGUUUCUGAAGUUUUGAAAAUAAAGCAGCAAGGUCAGAGCCUAAAGAACAGUGGCAGAAAGCAAAAUCAAGACACUUCCAGCCUAAAGAAGCGAACAAAUGGACUGCACAGUCAACCAGUUAAACAAAACCAUACCUUGAAAUGUGAAAAAAGGCUUAAUCCAAGAAGACUUCAAGAUAACUUUGAAACAGAAGCAGCAUAUGAGAUGUGUUGCUCCAGCGAAGACCCACUGCCAGAACAUGUAGAGGGACAUUCUAUGGCAUGCAAUGGCCAUUACAAAUUUGCUUUUUCAUCAAGAGCUUUCUUGAGUUUCAAGUUUGACCAUGAUGCCAUAAUGAAAAGUUUUGACCUCUGACAGCAAACUUACUAGGAAUGAGAAUCAGACUUGCCUGUUGUAAUUGAGGGGGUUUCUUAUCCAGCCUUACUCUUUCUCAGGAGUUUUUUAUUUUGUUUUGUUUGUUUGUUUUUAAAUGCAAUGCAGGGACUGACUGCUGGUUUGGAAGGGUUUGUUCUCUUUGCAGUAUGGGAGUGGCAUAGUCAAGUGUUGCACUUUAAAUGCAGUCUAGCCUUUGUCCACAUAAGUACCUUUCCAAUGUUCAGUUCAUUUGUUCCUAGCUGUGCAUUAGAGGGCAUUCUUUUUACUUGUGGGGUUUUUAUUGUUUGGGUUUUUUUGUGAUUUUAAAUUUAUUUUAUUUUAACUUGCUGUGUUUUUUGUAGAAUGUCAUUCACUUUUUUUAACUGUUGGAGUAUACCAGCUUGCUAACCUUUUAACUGUUCUGAUGUAAAUUAUUGGACUUGUUAGUCAUUGUUUUGUAGAACAUUGCAAUAUUACGCAGUGGCAAUGAAACUAAUUCACAGAGGACACCUCAGUCCUAGUGAUUUUGAAACCAAGUUGCACAUUUCAAACCUAGCCUCAGCCUGUCAUCCUUUCUCUGUACUGAUUGUUUGCCCCAAAUACCUUCCCUCCUUCACACUGAUAGUUUUUGUUGGCUGGCAAUCACUAGUACUUGAGUUAAAUCUAUAGCAUGUUGACUUUUUGUACUUACUCUUCCUCGGUCCUUGAUAAUGACACUCAAACUGGGUAAAACAGCCCUUCAAAGUGUCUAACAGCUCUUGUGCACUGCCCACAGCUGCAUAAGAAGACGUUACAAAGCAGCUGCUUGCAAAAAAAGAGAAGCUAGAAGCUUAAACUUGUCUGUGAGAGGUUACUUGUAUAGAAUUUUACUGGAUGUAAAUAAGCCUCUGUAGAUCUCGCUGCGGAGGAAGGCAGGUGUGUGGAUAAUAGAGGCAUUGUGUGACACUGAACAGCUUAAUCAGGCUUCCAAUAACUAUUCCAAGGGUGUUCAGUAUUGUAUGCUGUGCUGUUGUCCUCAGAUCUCUUGUGUAGUGUAUCUGCUCUGUAUAUAUCCAGUAGUAUUGAAUUGCACUUGCAGUUAGCAUUUAAAUGAUCUAGCCUCAGUCAUUUUCAGCUACAGUGCUUUCUUAGGAAAAACAUGAAAAAUGGGGUGGGGCUGGAGGGGAGGAACAAAAAACCUGUAAGACUUGAGGUGAUGAGCUGUUACAUCACCUUCAAGUCAGUGGGUUUUGAGCACGUGCUGGAGUGGAGAGAAAUGCACUGAAAUAAUUUAUCACAGCAGCUUGUGAUAGCAAGCAUGUCUCAGAUUUAAAAAUGGACUUUUCUCUAGAAUAGAGGUAAUUGAUAACUUCAUAGGUUGAAUGAACUACACCCUUGUAGUGUAUGUACAUGCACUGAGUUUUUAUGCAACUCAUAUAUGUCAUCCAAAACCAAAAUCCUGGUCUUCCUUCAACCACCCUACUUCAUAGACCCUACCUAGUGUUUUCCUCAGAAAUAGCUUUAGAACUUUCUCCUGGUUUAUUCACCUGCCUGGCACCAGGUGAUUUGGAACUCUAAUGCUGUAAUAAUUUUGGCCAUAGGAGUGUUCAACUUCUGUAUCAGUCAACAGAAGAAAUGGACUACAGCAUUUCCUCCUUCUGGAGGAUAAGGGUUCUGAGGGCCUUGUUUUUCAAGACCAAAUUGUGAAAUAGCUCAAUCUAGCUUUGACUCACUUUUUUUAAAAUUUUUUUUUUCCUUAAACAUAUCCAAAGGCCAUACAAUGACAAAGAAGAGUAAUUGAGAAGGUAGGAUAAUGCUGGAGGAGGUUAUGUUAUUCAGCUUCAGGUGAAAACUAAUCUUUAGUUACUUUUUUGUGCUAUUUUAGUUGAUUUCCCAGCAAAAGUGCCUUUACUCAUGGUGAGGCAGAAGUUUGUAUCAUAUCCUGAGGCUGCUACUGCCUGUGGAGCUAACAGGACUCUCCUAAGGCAUAAUUAAAUAACAGGCUGUGGAAAUCUUAUAAAUAAGUUGACUUUUCAGAUAAAUUAGUUAUAAAUCAUUUAGUGCUCUGUGAAAUAAUGGGGAUGUUGAUGAAACAGUGAACUUGGAGCAUUUGUCGUCUGUUUGGGAAGUCCUGUCCCAGGCAAGAAGUCUUUGGAACAAUGGAAGCAUGUUCUAUGAACAGGAGAUGCUGGCUGCCCUCUGUUUACUGUGUCAUUUUUUUCUUCUUAGUGAAAGAUUGGUUCAGUAUAAGAGACAUUGGUUGCUUCAUUAAGCAACCCAAAGUGAAGCUUAUACAUAUGUCAUUGAUUUUAGUAAACCUAGCCUUAAUGUGAGUUGCAAAUAAAUGUGAUAAAUAUGCAAUAACUUCUUUGUAUAAGGGUACCGUUUCCUGUAGUAGCAUUGCUUUCUGCUUUCUUAGUAAGGUUUAUCCUAAACUAUGUAAGUGUGGUGGCAUGUGAUCCACUUGGUGGGCUCCAUCAUGCCCUGCACCGUGAACAUUUUGUUUACUGUUCUUUAUGUUAUUAUUUCAUCAUCCCUUUAUAAUUGUAUUUCUAAGUUUAGAAGUACUUGUUUACAUUAUCUUCCAUAAAACAGUGAAGAAAUAGCAAGUGAGAUACAGACUUCAGUUCUGUGAGUUUUUACUUUACAGGAGCUAGACACAGGGACAUGGGAACUGUUUGCAUGUCUGACUCAAGAGCUGGUGUCGAGAUACUUGAAAAACAAACACUGUCAAUUUGAGAAUGCUGCCAUGUUAGGGGUUAUUCAGAUAAUGAGCGGUCACUCAGUGUUCUUGGAAUGAACUUGCAGAGUAAACAAAUAUUUAGCAAAAAAAAACCCUACAGCUGUGUGGUGCUAGCAGUCUGGUACUGGUGUGCAGUUUCUAGUACUACGUCAACUGCCUGCUUUAGCAUGAGGUUUUUAGCAUCACUCCUCAGAAUAUGAAUCUAUACUUUGACCUUGGACUGAAGAGUGACCUGCCCAGUUAAGUGACUGAAGUGCUGCUGACUUCAGCUCCUUGAUGUACACCAAUCAUCCAGCUUUUGAAAGUAACUGUGUCUUGCAUAGUUUGAAGUCUGGCAACAGUGGUUCUGGAAAGGAGAGGGGGAAAUAGCUUUAUUUAUUGCACAAUCAAAGUAUUAUUUUUUAACACAAUGUAAAUUCUUUAGACCAAGCAUGCAUAAAUAGUUUCUAAUGAAAUUUUGGGCGUAAUCACUGUUCCAGGCUUCUGUGCUGUGCUCCAACCUUCCUGAACUAAUUUGGUGAUUUGAGAACAAUACUUAGUGAUUUUCUUUCACCUACCUGUGGCUGUUAGAGAUGUAACAGUUCCUUUUAAAAAUAAGGCAGGCUUCGGGUCUGGCUACUUCUAACAUACUUGCUCUCAGAUUGUAAUUUCAGGUAAGAACAUAGUUUUUGCAGCCUUUACUUAAUGUGGUGAUUUGCUUUUGCACUCAUGCCAUUACAGUGUGAAGAGCAAAGAGUCUACAUUAAGAAUCCCAGCUCCAAUAUCCUGUGGUGCAAGACAGCACUGCUGCUCCAGGGGUAACUGGCUGCCCAGUUGUGGUGUCAGUGGGCUGCUUAAUCCUCAGACACUUGGGGUUUUGUUACAAAUUCUGAGCAACAGGUUUUUCUUCCAGAGGUAAAGCCAGGUGCCUUUAUGUUUUAAGUUAGGCGGUUAUAUUCUAAAUGUGUUAGAAAGCUCAUAGUUAUUGAGAAUUAGUAGAACAGUCUCUCUUGUUGAUAUUAUUUCUGUAAAUAAAUUGAUUUUAAGUCUUGCACUGUAAAUGUUAAAUAAUCUGGUGCUUAAACACAACUUCAUAAUUUCAAAUUGUGUUGUUAUAAUAUUGCAGCUUUUGAAACAACCAAAAUUAUUUAAGAUAUGGUAAAUUUACACAAACUAACUGAAGGUGCUUUUACAGUAAAUUAGACUUAGAAACUCUUCCGUAAUAGGUUUUUGUUCAUAUGUAUUUAUAGCAAUAGUGUAGUUCAAGAAUGGAAGUAGGCUAAAUGCUAGUAUUUGCACUGUUCUUGAUCCCAUCUGUAAGCACUGAUAGAUGCAGUAGGAUUUGUGCUGUGUGUGCAUUUCACUUUUUCAUGUAGCUUGUGAACUUAAAAGGAAGUCAACAUUAAACAACAACAUUGGCCAUAUUCAAGAUUGUGCAGAGGAACUAUUCCAGAUUGGUAGCAGUACAAUAAAACAAAAUACUUGGGGUUUAACUUGUCUUUCCAUUGAAAAUGUUAGGUUCAGCAAGACUUAACUUUUUGUACAGAUUCAGCUUUACAGAAACCUUUAUCUUGAAGUUUCUGGGAAGUCAGAAUUGUCUUUGAGUCCUCCUUCAAUUCUUCCAGAAAAAAAGCACUUCCUUUUAAGUAACUGUUAACAUUUCACAAAGUACAGAAUGUUUAAAUUUGGAAAGGUCUCUAUGGAUUUUACUGAAAACAGUAUUUUGUCAUUUCUAAGCAUUUAUAUUGUUGAUCAGAAGAACUAGCUUCUUGUUUCCAGUAUGGGUUACAGUUCAGGGCCUUUAAUGAAAUGAUUACAGCUCAUGGAGCAUUAAUAAUUUUAAAACAAGGCAUUCAUAGCUUUUUAAGAAAACACAUCUUGCAAACAUAGUUCUCCAUGACAUGUUUCCAAUGGAAAGAAGAACUUUGCAAAAUUUUUAAGCAUGUUUGAUCAAAAUUAUUAACUGUGGGGAUGAAAUUUGUAUCUUACUGGUUGGGUACAUAAUUUUGUUAUGCAGAAAAAGUAUGGAAAACUGCAUGAUUAAGAGCUCUCAGCAAAUACUUCUCACGCCAAUACUUGCAACAGAACUUUUAUUGUGUCUGCAUGGCACUGCACUAUGUGGAAGUUGAACUUCAUUCCUGAGGAGCAGUUUAGCUGGCUUUGCAAGGCACUUUUACCAUUAAAAAGCAAAACAGGCCCCCCAGAAGAAGGUGUGGGCUUGUUAAUUCAGGCAGAAUGCUCUAUUGCUGUUCAUAUUCCAGGACCCAGACUUGGGUAUUGCUUCCAAACGAUGACACUUUUCAGGCAGCACUGCAUGCCUCGCAAAAAAACAGGAGCCAGUGCUUUGUGGUGUGGCUCAGGCAUGAAGGGUUAUUUCUUCCUCCUGUUCGUUUAAAGCUCGAUAACUUGAUCUGUUUUCCUCUGUGUAAGUGGCACGUCAGUGCUAAUUAAGUAGAAAGUAUGUACAGAUAAAGAGUUAAAAUCAUUAUAGAUUUUAUUCAACUUCCAUUAUGUUCUUUUGAAGAAAGUUUGCAUUAGUCAGCUCUUUUAAUUGUAUUAAGUAAAAUCUGUAACUACCUGUAACAUCCAUUGUACUGACGAUUGUGAUUUUGUUUGUUAUUAAUUGAUUCAAAACUGAAGCACACCAUUUAAGAGACUAUGACUAAGUUGACAUUCUCUUCUAUAUUGUUAUUUUUUCCUCUGUAAAAUGAAAUUACUUUAUAAAUAAACGUAUUGAAGUACUGAGGUAUGAAUAUAAGGACUGCUGGUCAUCGUGAAAUGUGAUGUCUGUGCUGCUGGUACGGGUUGUUCUUUCACUGUAGAAUGUUUUGCCUUAAGCCAGCUGCAUUUAUAUCUAGUGCCAGGAGAGGAAGUGUUUUUUUGUGUCAGCUGUAAAGGUGGACAAGGAGCCCCAGCAAUACAAUGGAAAAAAAAAUACCAUAGACAAACUGAAGAAAGGAAGUAUGUGAACUUCAAUCAGUGCUUUUAGAAUAUUUAUGUAAUACUGAGUAUUUUGUUUUCUUUUUGGUUUGGUCCAUGUAACUUGUUAUUGAAAGAACUGGACAUGUUCAGUAACAGUUUCACAUGCACCCUUCCAUUUCUAUAAAGUGUUCACUGAAGAUGUAGAGGCUUCGUGGGAAGAAGUACUGAUGUUCUAGAGCCCAGCUAAAACCUGUGGCCAGAUCUGAGUUCUUAACUUUUCAUGGCUGUAUUAA